AUGCCGGGCAUGCGCCGAGCGGAAAACACGGGCGCCUCCGAGCCCGUCGCUGGGUCACCGCGGGCAGCGCCCGUAGCGCCCGCAGCGCCUGCAGCGCAAGCACGGAGAGCAGAUGAGACAGCAGGGCCAGGCUACUGCAGCUACGGUAGGAUCCGGAAGCCUCUGGACGCCCGCACGGAGGCUGGCGCGGCGGCCCUCGCCGCAAGACCAUCCGUGAAUGCCAAGGUUGCGCAUCACCCGGCAAUCUGGACGGCCCGCAUGGCAUGUGUGAGCACGCUUUCGAAAGGGCUUUAUAACAAGCACCUUUUGCGAGCCCUUGCGUGA